CGCACCUGCCACUUUUCCAACAGCCCUCGACCGCGACUUCCUCCUCGACCGAGGCAGAAGUGGCACGACACAAACAAAUAGAGUUCGUUUUGCCGUGCCUCUCAUGCUCGUAGACCUUUGAUAGUCUGCUCGUGGACAUGCUCUCCCCGCAUCCGUCGCGAUUCCUGGAACGGCGUGUUGCUCGCCAGUCCACGCCCCAACGAACAUGUACCCACUACGGCGCUUCACGCCUGGUCUUCACAAAGAGAACAUGACCGCCGGUGCGCGCGCCAGUGCAUCGGGCGACGCUCAUGUCGCCAACGCAACCGCAAGCACACUCAACUAUGCGCUGGGCAGGCGACACAUGAAAUCAUGGAUGACUGGCGCCGUCAAUGGUGCUCCUGCUGCGCCGCCAGAUCCCACGAGGAAUUCUGUACCGUCGCCCGUCAGAAAGCGAGGAAGACCUAGGAGAUACCCACCGCCAGACGUUACCGACCAGCAGCACGCGACAGAGGCAGUCAGCCCCACAACUGCGCCCUCGGCUGAGAGAUUACCCUCUUCGAAUUCGACGUCGCCGCAGCUUGACAAUGUUGUUACAACUCAUCAGCGGAAUCCCAGUCGUGGUAGCGCGGAGAUCACCGUGCUCCCCUCGCCCACACCAAGUGAGGACGAUGCGCAUGAUGUAGAGGUGCAGAGCGGCGAGACUGGGCCACAGCAAAGGGCCAACCUCGGUGGAUUCGAGUUUCGGCCGUUGCAGUCACCAAGUGCCUCCAGCCCGCCUCGCGCAACGGGCCCUAAGAGUCCUGUAGGACACGGGCUUGCUGCGCCAAAGCGGCCAGCGGAAGAGAACCCAGUGCCGGUGGACAAAAGAGCACGCAUCGACACUGCAGCUCGACCGCAACCAGGUGCCACGGCAAGUACACCAGUGGUAGUGUCGCCUUCAACCCUACCCCCGUUCUCAGAGUUCCCACGACACACCUCAGCACCACGCGCCCAGCACGGGAGCCCUUCACUAGGCCAGGCGUCGAGUCGCAGCCCGUCUCUUGGUCGAGCCUCGAAUGGACAAAGGGCAUCUCCCCAGCUUUUGCAGGCUCAACACCUGGGCCGUCCACCUAGCUCGCGCAGUAAUCCGUCUCCGGUUCAAGGUCAACAUAUCCAAAGUUCACCCGCGCACCAAUCGCACGUCAGCCCGCCACUAAAUGCGCAACCGUUCGGGGUACCACCCGAUACACACGCACAGCAGGCUGUACAGCCUCAUCGUGUUUUUCCGUCACAACGACGUGCAUCAUAUCACGACGAGUGGUACUCGCUCGAGGCCUGCCUGCAAAUAUUAAGUACGUUCAGAGCGCGUUCGGUCGCUACUCGUUCACGUCGAGACGGAGAGCGCCUCACAGUCUUGGAAGAAGCGGUGAGGGAACAGGACUGGGCGUACUUGACUCUGCAUCAGUACUAUUGUUUGAUGACCCACUCGCCGCAGUCUCUUCCCCCAAGUCUGAGUCUGCAAUGCAAUGGGAACCUUCGCCCAGCAUAUCUGCUAAUGCGGGAGGUACUUGAUGAUAAUCUGCAACUGUCGGCGCCUUUCAUGGGCUUUUUUUGCACUUUCCCAUUUGCCAUCGAGUAUCUUGCAUCAACAUGGCCUGCAAGGUUCCGGCAUGCAGAGCGCGAUUUUGUACAAUUUGUGAAUAACUGGGCGAAUGUGGGUCAGUUGAGACACGUGAGUGAGAGUCGGAAGAUCCCACCGACUCCGCGUGAAUUUGCUAAUUGUGCAAUCACCUCGUUGACGUUUCAGCGCCUCCUUCUCAGGUCUAUUAUCCGCUCACUCUGGGGAGGUUACCCUCCUUUUGUUGCGGAGAAGCGUCAUUUCGAAGAAGAGAUUUUGCAUGCUUUCAACCGCGCACAAUUGGAGUUUGAUCAGCGAAGGUCCAUGGGGCAGCUUGGAGGUCGUCCACAGGCAGGCGAAGAGUUGCAAGCUUGGAGCUUCACUUUUGCUCAGAUUACAAGCUCACUCGAGGCGGCGCUACGAAGCCAGGGUUUCCAGCUAAUCAAUCCAGCUUCACCUCAAGUCCACCUACAACAGCAACAGCAACAGCAACAGCAACAACGGCCACAACCACAAGCCUACAAUACACCCAGUACUGGGGAUAUAGCAAUGUCUCGCCGUCGUCAACGGCCGCCUCAGGCAACACAUCAUCACACGGCAUCGCAGGCGCAGCCCUCACCUCGCCUGCGGCAAGGUUCCACAGCGUUACUCCCACGGCCAGGCGUAAUACAGCCACAGCAGCGGGUACCGAACCCUUCUCGUUUCGGCCUACAUCAGGCUCACCUUCGAAGUCCGGUUUUACAGGCCAUGAACCUCUCUUCUUCCGUCUAUUACUUCUGGCAAGGAUUCGUCCGGAAGCCGCAGAGGAUAAUGAAUCCGAACAAUAUCAUUGAGAAGCUGUCGUUCAAAUUCUCUGACAAAGAGAUGGAGUUUGUUGCCAAACCAACACACACUGCCCCGGGCGCUGCGGACGGAAGACUCAUUGAUGAAAACCACAAGAUGCUUCGGCUUCGCUGCGUCAAAUGGCCAAUCAACGAGGAGCCGAAGGAUGAUGCUUGGGCCAUCGCCGAGAAUAGCUGGAUUCCUCAUUCUUACUUCACUUUCAACGAUACUCCCUUACAGCUACGGAAAAAGCUGCACAACGGAAAAGAUCUUCCGGUCGAUCUCACAGGCUUAGUACGAGGAGGCGAAAACAUACUCGAAGUCUUGGUGAUGAGCAAUGCGAGCGAUACUACACACCGCGAUUAUCUUGUCGCUAUUGAGUUCCUGGGUACCAUGACACAAGCCUCCAUCAAAGAACGCUGCUGCAAGAACAGCAUAUCGGCCGGAAAGACCGUCAACGACAUCAAGCGAAAGUUAUCUCCCAGUGAGACCGAUGACGACGAUAUUGCUAUAGUCGAAAGCACGCUCACAAUUAACCUACGCGAUCCCUUCAGCGCAUCGAAGAUCUGCGCCACGCCUGUGCGAGGCACAGCCUGUCUACACAACGAGUGUUUCGACCUCGACACCUUCCUCGAGACUCGACCGCGAAAGGGCGACGUCUCUGCGGCCGACCAGUGGCGCUGUCCUAUAUGCAAAGCAGACGCACGCCCAAACGUUUUGGUCGUUGACGGGUUUCUGGUUGAAGUGCGUGACGAGCUCGAGAAGAAGGGUCUACUGGAGACAAGAGCCAUUAUCGUGGACAAAGACGGAUCCUGGAAGCCUAAGCCGGAGGAACGAGAUCCGAAUGGUGUUCAGGACCGUGACACGCCCGAACCCACUCCAGCAGCAAUGCUGACUGCAGCGCGGCCAAAACCUCCCGUUAUCCACGAGAUCAUCGAACUCGACAGCGACUGAGCUUACGAAGCUCUACUUCUUUGUGAUAUAUUUAGGAUCUAUGGAGGUCUCGUAGCUAGGCGUUGUAGGCAAAAGUCGGCGUUUUGUGUGUGAUAUACCUUAUUGUGUAUAUAUACUUCCCUGUACGGAAACUCUGGGGAGCAUGAAUUUUGGGCAACAAAGGCAGCCUGAGCAUAUCUGUUUCGCGGGAGAGAUGAUACCCACCAAAUACUUUGUAUAAUCGAUGACUUCACGACAGUGCAACCACAUACUAUUCUGGAUGGCC